AUGGUGUUCUUGAGCUGGGGCCGUCCAUCUACCGAGCAACAACAACAAGUAAUCAACAAAGCAGGAACUUUCAAUUAUGACACCAAGUACAGAGGGGCUUCGUCUAGAUCAGUAGCUAAGCUAAAGGAAGAUUCAGAAGUCAAUAAAGAUGGGUUCUUGAUCAAUCAUUCUCGUGUCUUAGUUGGUUCUGGUAAAGAGAGUUACGACAAGGGGAAACAAGCUCUUCAGAACUGGAAGCAUUUUGGUAUGGAUUGGGCAUUUGUUGAUCCCAAGACACCAGUUGAGACCGGUAAGAAGUUUUGUGUAUGUGUGAAAGAAGUUCUUCCAUGGGUGAUGCUUCCUCUUCAAGUGGCUUAUGUUGAUGAAAGCAAGAGAUCUAGAAGAGGCCCUGCACAUUUUGGUUAUGGGAGCGGCACUCUUCAGGGACAUUUACUAGCUGGAGAAGAGCGGUUUUCGAUUGAGCUAGACGGAGAUGGUAAAGUGUGGUAUGAGAUAACGUCCUUGUCAAAGCCAGCUCAUUUCUUGUCCUUCCUUGGUUAUCCUUAUGUGAAGCUAAGGCAGAAGCACUUUGCUCAUCAUUCUUCUGAUGCUGUCCUCAAACAUGUUAGUGCUUCAUCAUCUUGA